AUAGUAUUUUCAGGCUAUUCAAGGCUCUUUCCAUUCACAGCCAAAAGAUAUAUAUUAUUGUACGAAUGUGUUUGUACGAGUGUUUGUAGUUUUCGCCAGGAUAACGGAAGGACACCUGAAUUACUACAAGCUCAUAUAGGCAUUUUUUAGACGCCACGCUGUCCAAACGUUUACAUCUUUAGUGGAUUUCAAUUUCACUUGCAAGCAGACGACUUUGUGUAAUCGAGCAACCAAGAUCAUUGAUCGUACUGUAACAACAACAUUGCAAUCAGAAGCAUAAUACUCUGUUCAUAUAUCCACGUGGCGUGUUACUCCAAGGAGGUAUGAUUUUAAGCUCAUUGAUUACACCCGAAUUGUACUGCGAAUUACUACAUUCAAUACUGAAGUGAAGAAGAUAGUUGAAAAUGGCAGUCGACGAAGCCGCUCUGAAAACUGCUGACAUUGUCGUCAUCGUCAUCCAUUUCAUAGUCGUUCUCACACUGGGUAUCUGGUCGGCAUGGAAGGCGAACAGGGGAACGACUACGGGUUAUUUCCUGGCGGGUAGGAGUAUGAGCUGGUGGUUGGUUGGUCUGUCUCUAUACGUGAGUAACAUCGGUAGCAUCCAUUUCAUUGGACUCAGUGGAACCGCAGCUAAUAACGGAAUUGCAGUCAUCUCAUAUGAGUUUCAUGGACUUUUCUGCCUGUUGUUACUAGGAUACAUCUUUAUGCCAAUCUACAUAUCAUGUGGGGUCAUCACUGUACCUGAAUAUCUUCAGCUUCGGUUUGGUGGCUCCAGACUAAGGAUCUGUUUAUCAGUUGUAUCUAUAGUCUUCACUAUAGUCUCUACUCUCGCGUCUGAGAUGUAUGCUGGCAUUGUAAUCAUCCAACAAGUGCUUGGUUGGAAUCUGUACCUAUCUCUCAUCUUAUUACUUGUAAUGACUGCUGCGUAUACCAUGGCUGGAGGUCUUACUGCUGUGAUCUAUACUGAUGCUCUACAAUCAGUCAUCAUGAUCAUUGGAGGGUUUAUUCUCUUCUUCAUUUCUAUGUCUGAAAUAGGUUGGUUUGAAGGUCUUUAUCAAGCCUAUAUGCAUGCCAUUCCUAAUUCCACCCUUGAAGAGCUGUCUGUUAACCCCCUCAAUGCUACAAGCUGUGGUAUACCAACAGAGAAUGCUUGGCAUAUCUUCAGAGCUGCAGAUGCCGGAGACUACCCAUGGCCUGGUGUUGUGUUUGGUAUCUUCUUACUCUCUGCUCAAUACUUCUGUACUAAUCAGUUUCUGGUUCAGCGAUCAAUGUCUACCAAGAAUUUUACUCAAACCAAAGCAGGAGCAGUGUUUGCAAGCUACCUUAAAGUUCUACCUCUUCUUCUGAUGAUCUACCCUGGUAUGGUCAGCCGAGCAUUAUGGCCUGAUGAAGUAGCAUGCCUUGAUCGUGAUACAUGUGAAGAAGUUUGCGGAAAUCCUAAUGGAUGUACAGACAUCGCAUACCCACGACUGGUUCUAAGACUAAUGCCCACAGGAUUGAAAGGGUUAAUGUUUGGAGCCAUGCUUGCCGCCUUGAUGAGUACGUUGACCUCAGUCUUCAAUAGUUUAAGUACUCUCUUCACCAUGGAUAUCUGGACAAAGAUUAGACCUGUUGCCAAGGACAACGAACUCUUGAUCGUUGGCCGUGCCUGUACAGGUGUAAUGGCAAUCAUAGCCGUACUGUGGCUCCCACUCAUCCAAGCUUCAGGAACCGGUCAGCUUUUCGUCUAUAUACAAGCUAUGACGUCAUAUCUAACCCCGCCCAUCUUUGCUGUCUUUGUAGGGGGCAUGUUCUGGGAACGAGUAACUGAAAAGGGUGCGUUCUUUGGUCUUCUAGUUGGUGUAGUAGUUGGUGUCCUGCGCAUGAUCCUAGACUAUACCUACCCAGGACCAGGAUGUGGACAGAUUGAUAACAGACCAAGCGUCAUCACAAGCUUCCAUUAUCUUCACUUUGCUUGUGUUCUCUUCGCUAUUACUCUCAUCGUCAUCAUCAUUAUCAGCCUCUUCACCCAACCCAUCCCCAGUGAAAAGCUGGUACGUCUAACAUGGUGGACCAGACACAGCAAAAUGCAACGGGAACCAAUGGAUGAUACCUACAAGCCUGUUGAAGUACCACCAAGCCGUGAGCAAAUGGAGCUUGAAGAUGUUGAGAUCAGAGAUCCAACUUUUGCACGUCGAGCUUGUGGGAUACUAUGUGGGAUUACCUCAGGCAAGGCUCCUGAUGAACCCAGUGAGGAGGAGAUCAAAAGGACCACAUCUCUUGAAGAAUCACCCUUCUGGUAUCGAGUCAUGCUUGCUAAUCUCAUUAUCGCCAUAGGAUUUGGAAUCUUUCUCUUCGGGUUUUUCGGUUGAUGACUUCCAAAGUUAUUUUUAACAUGUAUAUAGUUGAACUCAUUUUCUCAAAAAAAUUCUCAUAACAUAUAGAUCUUAUGAUCUAGUAGGACUUCCUGUAAGAUAAUCUUGUUUUUAAAUCUUUUUUUCUUUUGAGAUUUCCUUCAAUUAUUGGGGUAUCAUACUCCACUAGAAGAGAGCUGGAUCAUUUUUGAUCACCCUAUAUAUUCAAGAACUAUAAAUUAAAGAAUAGGGGUAAAACUGACUGCGUGAUCUCUUUCUGAAGAUCCUUUCCUGCCUUUUGUAAAAGUUUUAUAUAAAAGAGGGAUAUUCACCCAUCAUUCUUUGUGAAGAGAGUUGCUGUGUAGGUGCGGUGGGGUGCUGGGAUAUAGGAAAUUCAAUAACAAUAUAUCCAAUCACUUUAUCAAAAUGAAGACCACAAUUUGGAUUUUAUUUAUUAUAUGCCAGGGAGGGAAUAUUUAACAGGGUAAAAACAUUAGAAGAGGUGUCAUAGUCGAGCAGUUUAAACACAUUUGACUGUCCCAGAGUUCAACUUCAAGCCCCAUUUUGGCGAUAAUGUACCUUGGUAAGACACUCAUCUGCAUAUGCCUCUCUCCACCUUGGUGUAGUAAAUGGAUACUUGGUACAUGUAGGAAGGACUUUCUAUUGAUAGGCUGUUGGUAGCCUACAAGGUCUGACAGGGUCGUAUUUCUAUUGAAUGAUUUCACUGGCCUUAAAGAUACACAUAUUGGUUUCCAUAGAACAUGUCGUGAGAGUGAUAUAACAGGGUAAUAAUUGCAGCACCUUGAGCAACUUGUGCAGUAUAUGUUAGUUCUAUACAAGAAGCCAAUAUUUAUGACUAUCCUUCUUUUUUUUUUCUUUUUUUAAUGAAGGCCACUGUGCAAAAGACUGAUUAUUAAAAGACUGCAGUGUUUGUUGGUGUGUAGAUGGAUCUGUUGAUGAUUUAACAUCAACAGAAUUAUCGUCAAAAAGUUUGCAGAUGUAUACCAAGAGGAAAAUCUGUGAAUAUGAAGCAGCAACUGGAAAUACAAUAUCCUCUUUGCAAAAUAUCAGUCAAAUAUGAUGAAAAUAUUGAAAUUGAUAUGGGACUUAACUGGGUUGUAUCAUCAAAUCUGAAAUGUAAUCUGUAUUCAUUUAAUUGCUGUUUCUUUUGUUUUCAUGUUACUAGUAAAUGCUUGUAAAAACUGAUCUUAACUGUAAA